AUGUCUGACAAUGUCUUAGAUUUUAAUAAAGAAGUGGGAAGUUCUGAGUCCAACACUUUUCGUCUGAAAAAAUUGAAAUCAUAUUAUCAAUCAGGAAAGGAAAUGGAGGCGGUAUCAUUGAACAAUGAAUUAGUGGAUAAAGUUAUGACCAACUAUGUAAUAGCUAAGGAGAUAAUAAGUAACUUAUCAUGGCAAGAGAAAUUACGCUGUAAGCGAGUAUGCAGUACUUGGUAUUCUGCUGUUAAGGCCUUGAAAAGAGAACAGUUAAGUCCAGCCGAUUUUACUGUGGAAUUCAAACAUAAAGCUGAUAAGACUCAAAUGACGAUACAGAAAUCAUGUCAGUUUUGUACGGAACCACUCAUUGUUUUUAUGUUCACAAAUAUUUCUGGAUUUAGUAAAGCCGUCAAGUGUAAGAAUAUAUUUCCAUGCCCUUGUCGUAUCCCAUGUGAUUAUGAACAUCUUGUAUUAGAUGUGGUGCACCAAUCUACCUGUCAGCCCAAGGACUGUAUGCUUGGAAUUAAGAGCAGUUACAUAUCAUACAUGCCAUUACCCAAAUCUAUAACCAAAGAUUUUACACUCACACAUUUGGAGGAGAAUCCGGUAACUGCCGGACUAUACAUACCAGUCAUUCCCAACAUAAAGUCACAUAUUAUUAAGCUUAAGUGCAACACAACGCUGCAACAUGAGUUUUGUUCGGCGAUUGAUACAAUUUUAACAGAUCAAGUUAUAAAAGGACUUGUGGUUUUUGUGACGGAUAAACACUUACUGAAUACUGUGGAGGAUAUUGUGUUUUUGAAUUAUGUGAAAGAAGUGCAAGGAGACACGCCAUAUGCACUAGGAGGUUGUAUUUGCGAGGACACCAUAUGUGAUUCUGACGAAAUAGACCACAUUGUCACUACAAUAACACCUGCUAGUGCUGUCAGCGACUGCCUGAUUUCUAUCGCAGUUUUCACAAUACCAAAGUCGCUGAAAAACGAAUGUAAUUUUGACAUGUUUUCUCUGAUCAUAGAGUCGUCAGAUUGGGAUAAACAAAAGAUACAAGCUACUAUUGCACAGUUUGCCAAAAGUGUGCCUCGGUUCGAGCACAGUGUGGCCCUCAAGUUGUCGUGCAUCGGGCGAGACAGGAAACAUCGAAUGGAACAGGAAUUGUUCAGGGAAGCGUUUCCUGACACGCGCAUUAUUGGUUGCUAUGGUAAUGGAGAGUUGGGCGUCAACCAUCCCGAAAGGCCCGUUCCCGAAUGGCCGAUCAAUAAGAGAAGUCGAUUAUAUUCUGGACCGCAGUUUGGUGUAAUCUAUUCAUAUUCCACAGUGUUUGUUUAUAUGGGAUGGGGUAAGGUCUUAACUGCCAAAGCUUAAAGUGACUCAGAACUAAAACUUUCACAGUUUAUUGAAGUAGGCGUUACUUUGCGGAAAUCCAUAAUUAUCCAAAUAUUUUGAGUUUUCCUUAGUGUUAAUUCCGCCAAUUUUUGUCUUGUCAAUGUCUCGUGCCAGAUUUUGGCGUGUCAACAUGUCCUGAGGAAUCCUCGUGUAGAGCCGAAACACGUGUCGAAUUGUUUAAAGACAAAUAUGGGCGGAAUUAACACUAAAGAAAACUCAAAACUUUCACAGUUGCCAAAUUUCGAGGAUACCUUAGAUCAUUUAUACGUCUAGAUAGACUAUGACAGCUGAGAAAACGUUGAAAAAAAAUUAGAAGUUAACUGUUAACCUCUAUUUCUAUUAGAUAUUCAUCAUACUUAUGUAUAUAUUUUACAAGAUUAACUACAUUUUGUAGACAAACAUACAAUAUAAUAUGAUAGGACUUGAUGUUAGUUUUAAGAUAUUUCAUUGGAGAAACUGUAGUCUCUUCACCGAAGAUUAUAUAACGUCUUGGAGUAGCAGCUGUCUCUAUAAUCCCCGCGAAUUGAAACAGGGAUGGAACCUUGUAUCAAAGUAUCAAAAUACAUAUGCAUAUUGGGUAAUUUUCUGUAAAUUGUGAUUCUUAAUAACGAAUACAAAUAGAAACUUUUUACAACUACUUGGCUUAGUUGAGUUAGUAAGUCUUUUGUUGGGCGAUGUAUAAAUAUGCUUUUACAUCAUGAUGUCCAGAAAAUGUAUAAAAAGAAUGUGUUACGAAAUCCUAAAGAAUUGUUAUAAAACAUUUGUGUGGUAAAGGUUACUAAAACAUGAAUGACUUUCUUAAUGAUAGCACAGAUUGGGAAUGAAGCGACCACCCUCACGAUAUUUGAAUUUUCUUGUAUCAAAAUUUUAUUAGAAAAUGAAACCCGCUGAGUUUCUUGCGCCCGUUUUUUUCAGGUCUGAUGCAAACUUUUUCGAAUGGGUAGUAUUCUUUGACGUUGAAUAAGUGAUUUAUAAUCCUAUUUUUAAUAAAAAAUGUAUGAAAUUGAGUGACGUCAGCAAACCGUCGUACAGUCAGCAUGUAAAAUUAAAAACAGUUUAUAAAUUAUCAGUUAUUGUGUAACACCUAUUCCUUACUUUGUGAAUUUGUUUUUUUAUACCAAAGGUCAAUCAAUAUUUAUAAACAGUGGAAUUUUUUUCUUUCAUGACCUUGAACCUCUUGAAGUCAAAAAUAUCAAUAAUAAUGGGCUGAUGAUGAUGAUCCCAGAAAAUGUACAAAACAAAUGUGUUACGAAAUUUAAAAGAAUUCUCAAAAAACGUUUGAGUGGGAAAGGUUAUUAUAGCAUAAACGAUUUUCUUAAUGACACCACGGACUGGGAAUAAAGCGAACACCCUCAGGCUCUUUAAUUAUAAAUCUUUAUUGUACGAAAUUACAUUGUAAUCCAUAUUUUAUAUUAAAAAAAUUCAUUCCCCAUUCGCCCAUUCUUCUCAGGUCUGAGGCAGUCUCUUUUAAAUGGGUGGUAGUUUUUCACGUUCAAUAAGUGAUUUUAAAUCCUAUUUUGAAUAAAAAUAUUUGAAUUUGAUGUUGGCUGCUAACAAAGGAAAGGAAAUUUUUAAAUAAUUUACAACGUAGUUUUUCUUAUAUGUAAUUUUAAGUUUAGCCUGUUUCAACACGACUCUAAAUGAUAUAUCUAAUCAUUACUACAUAAAGAUUGCAACAUUAAAAAAACACGAUAACGAAAAAUACCAUUUGGUAUUUACGUGAUACUCGACAACAAAUUUGCUAACGGUACUAAUUUUCAGUGUGUUCCGACGUCACUGAUGUCAACAAAAUGGCGGCAUCUCCCUCUCUCAAUAUGCGGGAAUAGUUGUUUUUGAAAUUUGUAUGACAAUUUGAAAAUUGUUAUAUUAUAUUAGGGGGACGCGGUCGAUCGGUAAUGAGUUAAGAAACUCUGUUCUUGUUUUUUUUUUUCAAAUCUUAGUGAACAGACUUCAGUUUUUUUUUUUCAAUUUAAAUGGUUAAGUAGUAAUCAUAAUUAUUGGAAGUGGUAGUCAUUGUAAAAUGUAAUUGAUACAUUCAAAGAUUAAGUAUAUUUAUUUACUUAGGUAGUAUUUAUUUAUUAUAAGUCUUAUUCGUUAGCUAAAAUAAUAAUAAAAAUUUAAUUUUUACCCAAAAACUAAGUGUUUUAAUCCUUUAAAAGUGUUUAAUUUAAAUACUUAUUAUAUGUAAACAAUAGAUUCUGGAAUUUUAGCAAUGUUUAUAAAAAAUGUCUCUUAAUUCAAGAAUAGCUCGGUUCAUCUCGAGCGAGACGUUUUAUGGUAGGUACAUUUGUUUUGUUGAAAAGAGUUCAUAAAUUCGUUCAUAAUUUCAGUUUUUUUUAUGAGAGAUCAACAAUUGUUAGUAUUUUAGUAUAUACGAGCAUUUUGUAAUAUAAAUAAUUCUCGACAGAAUGGGUUGUAAUCGCAUAAAGCGUAGGUAUAUAUUUAAGGCUAUUAAUGGACUAUUUAAUCAUCGUAGGUUAGCGCGAACUAUAAGGUAGCGUAUUUGUCUUCUUAGGGAUCUAAUUAAAUUAGCUAAUAUGCUGUCUUCGUAGAUCUGCGGGCCUACCAUGACCUCUUAUUGCGAUUCAAUUGACAACCUAAAAUGAACUGCUUUGCUAUUUCGUACCACGCCGUGAUUAGAGCGAUCUAAUUUAUGUUGACGUCAAAUCAACUGAUUAAAUCGCAAUGAUGUCAAUUGAAUAGCUUAAUGGUGUAUAAUUUGACGCUAUAAAGCGCAAUUUUAAAAUGUAUUUUUAGUAAUUUCUACGCAAAAAAAACGCGAAAAUAGGUUUCGAAACGCAACGCAUAUGGUUCGAGUAAGAGAGACAAACUUAUGCAACGACUGUAAAGCGUCAGAUCUUUCUCACACCGCGGACCACAGACAAAAUUUAUUUCGUUCAUUCUUCAUAGGCGAUCCAAACGCCAUUCAGUAAACGGAUUCAGUUUAGGUACCUAAACUGAAUUGCAUCGGAAAGUUGAUGGUAGGCCCUCUGAAUGGCGAAAUGUAAUCUUAAUAUUUUGUUGUCAGAAUAGUCUUAAUAUAUGUUUUUAUUGUGGAUGCAUGUGUAAUGGACCCGGUUUAAGAGUAAAGGAUGAAUACGAUUUGCUACCACUUAGUCUUAAGUUUGUUUAGUGAUGUUAGCAUAACUAUAGUAUAUCGAAUUUAUACUGGCGGAAUUAACACUAAAGAAAACUCAAAACAUUCGGAUAGUUAUGGAUUUCCGCAAAGUAACGCCUACUUCAACAAAUUUUAUAUCAAUUCUUUCCAAUAUUCGAAGAUAUCCAUGAAAAUGUUUUGAACCCCUGAAACUUUGUUUACAUUUUGUACUUCGUCUUGUUGUCCUGCAGGUCAGUUAUCUAAAACUCGUGCAACACAUUCAUAAAAUGCGAUUGCGUAUUAUCUGAAUAAGCCGACGUAGUGACUUCACACGUCUCGUAAGCUUAUGAGUGUGACAAAUAAUGGUCAAAUAUUUAUCAAUCCAACUAAAGUUCAACUACAUACAAUGUUCAAUUCCAUCUUAUUCAAUAAUAGAUAAAAAAAAAGUGUGUGUGUACUUAUGUAUGCACACCAAAUGUCAUAGUUAGGUACUUCGUUGGCGUAACAUAACAAAAAUUCCUUAAAUAACGUAGUUGCUGAAAAACGUUCCAAGCCACAAACAUCACAUUUAAAGGAAUUCGUGUUUAAAGUUUAGUAAAUGUUAGUGUUAUCCAUACAAUAUGUGUGUUGGGCUACUAAGUUAUGAUGUCAUGUUAGAGUGACAGUAGGGCUGCCAUUUUUUGUCAGCCCGUUAAUAUGAAUCACAUGACCAGUUUUGUGUUCUCAACUCAAUUUCGACAUGAUUGUGGUUUGGAACGUUUUUCUGGGAUUACGUCCAAUUAUUCCUCGUGCUAUUUUACGUCUGUGUAGUAAUAAAGAAGGUAUUAAAUAUAUCCAAUUAAAAUAUUAGGUUAUUUAUUAUACCGCAUAAUUUAGUCGGAAGUGUGAUUCAAAUGGUCUAGUUGACCAGCUAACGUCAGUGUGUCGAAUUAACGUGACGGUGUGUGCGCGCGCAUCGUUAAAAUUCACUCUGAUAAUGUUUCCCUAACGCGGCAAAAGAAAUACUUAAUAAAUAGGAAUUAAAAUUAAAACUUAAUUAAUCAAUCAAUUAAAUAUAUAUCUCGGAGAUUUAUUUGGAUUAAAAAUCGGGCGUCACCGUGUUGGUAUCCGCCAUGUUGUUUUAAGUCGAUCAGUGCGCACAACCGGCGCGGGCGCUAGCUUGAAGACGACUGCGACUUCUCAAUGAGCGCUCUACUCAUGGAUAAUAAUAACUAACUUCAAUCACGUCACCGACAGUGACGUACACAGUGACAACUUCAAACACACUUUAAAAGAUGACAUUCGCCAUCAGUUCAGCCCAAUACAAAGAGUAGAAUAUAAUCAUACAGGCCAUAUUACUUUUAUAUUCUAAUUCUCCGACAUUUAUAACAUGACAGUUUUAGUUAACUGACCUUACGCACAAUAUAAGUGAUAAGUUUAUACUAUGUAUGUUUAAAGUAUAUAAUCUACAAUAGGCAUUAUAUUGCUGCAUUUAAUGUUAGUAUGUAAUUAUAAAUUAAGAUGCGAGAAACAAUUCUCUUAAAUACAUUGUAAUGGCGUUUCGUUGUGAAACGUUAUCUAAAUAUAUUAUUCAUUGUAACUCAUAAUUCUCAUCAAUAUACACUUUUAUCACUCA